AUGCCGGUUAACUCUAAACUAUCUAAAUAUUCUCGUCGUGAUUCUGGAUAUGAAGCCGAUAGUUCUGAUUCUGAGAAGGAUAAGGACUUUGACACAAAGAAGUUGAUUUUCCUAGAAGAUGUUCGGCAAUUUCAUGGGCGGAGAAUGCUUGAAAUGGCAACUCUAUCUAUUGAAUCACUUCCAGAUGGAUCUAGAAAAAUUGAUUUUCAUUUUCCUAAAACAGCUGAUGAAUUAAAAGUGGUAAGUUUUAGAAAAUCCUUUUUGUUUACUCUAUAAUAUUUCAUUCUCCAGACAACCUUCAAAAUCAGUUCUGAACAAUCACUAAAAGGAAAGAUGAAUUUCAUAAAACCUGAAUGGUUUUCAAUGAAUGCUUGCCAAAAAACAAUUCAAGAAAUCGACAAAAUGUGGCUGAUGGGAAGAAGCAGAAUUAUGCUAACUACUGAAGAAGAUUACCAAUCAUAUCUUCCAUACUUCUAUGCUGCAACUUAUCUCAUCAUCAAUUCACAAAAAACUGUGAAAAUGAGUGAAGUUUUGGAUGAAAUGCCAAAUUUGGAAAAUCUCAUCUUAAAUGGAAAAGCUGAUUGCACUGAUGAAGAUUUCAUUCGAUUCACUACAAGAGCAAAAAAUGUUCGAAGCUUCAGUAUUGAUCUCAGCGAAUGUUCUUCGGUUUCUCUUAAUGCUUUGGUAUUUUUCAUGGAGGUAAGUCACACUUUUUAUAGAGUCAACCUUAAAAUAAACAAUUUUGAAUUUUCAGAAUACUUGUUUCGCCGAACCAGCUCGUGUUCAUCUCUCAGGAUUCUACACAACAAGAAAAACAAUGAUUUCUGCUCUUCUUAGCGCUGAAAAUAUCGAAAACUUUGUGAUUGUUCAAAAAGAAAUUAGAAUCACACGAAAAGAUGGAGUUUUUGUAACUCUUCAAUUGGAUAAAUGUCUCCCAUGA